AUGAAGCCCUUGAGAUAUGAGAAGAUUGCCAGGUUGCUUGCUAGCUUUUAUCAGGCAAGAAACAUGCCAGCCGGUCAUGCUGACGAUCGACGGCUGAGAUUUUCUGAUGAUGGGUUUCAGGUUGAUGAUCAGGGUUUUGAGUCAAAGGGGGAAUGUGAUUGUUUUGAUAUUUUUGAGGAUGAUUGGCCUGUGAAAGAUGAUGAGGAUGAAGAUUGCAGAACUUUCUGGGAAACACAAGGGUUCUUGCUUCAGGAAAUAUUGGAUCAGUGCAACUCAAGUUGUGAAAAGUUGAGGGAACAAAUCAAAAGAAACAUAGACAUGGCUAAAGACUCCAACUUUUGCAAUUGCCAGGACAAAUUAAACCUGAGAGGCUGUAUGAAGUGCCUAAGGCAAGCUGUGUUUAAUCAGCUAUGUAGCAAAGGUUUCAAUGCAGCCCUCUGCAAAUCCAAGUGGAAAAGAACACAUAAAAUACCAGGGGGGACCCAUGAAUACAUUGAAGUAAUUGCCAGCACAAAAUCGAGAACCAAGCACGGGAUUUUCGUGGUGGAAUUAGGGUUUCGGGACGAGUUCAAGAUGGGCAAAGCCUGUGAUGAGUACAAUAAACUUACCGAACCACUGCCUGAAGUCUACAUAGGCAAAACUGAACAUCUGAAUGCCGUUAUUCGUGUGGUUUGUGACGCGGCCAAGGAAUCUGCUAGGGAGGGAAAGAUUCAUAUCGGGCCAUGGAGAAAGAGGGAGUUCAUGGAAAUGAAAUGGUCAGCAUCGAGUGAGGGCAAAUUUCUCUGUACCUCACCAGAUGAACAACAUCUCGCUUGUGUUAGUUCAUCGAGAAGAGGGAGUUCACAUGCUGUGAAAACGAGCUUUGAAAUUACAAAUGCAACACCCGUGAAAGUUGCUUAG